UCCUCCCCACCGCGGUGGCGGUGGCGGUGGCGGCGGCGGCGGAGGAGGAACCUGACACGCACCAGCCCCGCUCCCGCCCCAGUCGAAGCCGAAGCUGCAGCCGGCACGGGGCCGGGGCCAUGGGCGCCCCGCGUGGCCCGGGUCAUGAGGACGGAGGCGGAGGCAGCGGGGCCGCCGCUCGAGCCGGGAGACUUUGUGCAGCUGCCUGUGCCCAUUAUCCAGCAGCUCUACCACUGGGACUGUGGCCUGGCCUGCUCCAAGAUGGUGUUGCGGUACCUGGGCCCGCUGGACGACAGUGAGUUUGAGAGUGCCCUGCAGGAGCUGCGGCUAACCAGGAGCAUCUGGACCAUUGACCUGGCCUACCUGAUGCGCCACUUUGGCGUGAGGCACCGCUUCUGCACUCAGACCCUGGGUGUCGACAAGGGCUACAAGAACCAGUCCUUCUACAGGAAGCACUUUGACACAGAGGAGACCCGGGUGAACCAGCUGUUCGCACAAGCUAAGGCCUGCAAGGUGCUCGUGGAGAAAUGCACAGUGAGUGUGCAGGACAUCCAGGAGCACCUGGCCCAGGGCCACGUGGCCAUUGUGCUGGUGAACUCUGGGGUACUGCACUGCGACCUCUGUUCCAGUCCCGUCAAGUACUGCUGCUUCGCCCCCAGUGGCCACCGCUGCUUCUGCCGCACCCCCGACUACCAAGGCCACUUCAUCGUGCUACGUGGCUACAACCGGGCCACUGGCUGCAUCUUCUACAACAAUCCAGCCUACGCUGACCCAGGAAUGUGCAGCACCAGCAUCAGUAACUUCGAGGAAGCCAGAACCAGUUAUGGCACAGAUGAGGACAUCCUCUUUGUCUACUUGGACAGCUGACAGCGGGAGCCUGGUGUGCCCAGGCCCUCACACCCUGCCCCACCCUAGCCCGGCUAGCCCAACUCAGGAGGCCUUGGCCCAGGCCCCGAGCUGCUGGGGCUUGGAUGCGGAACUGCAGCCUUGACCCGUGUGACAAAGCCCCAGGGAAUUCUUAGAGCCUGAGGCAUGCGUGCUUUGUCUGCCAGCGUCAUGCGUGUCGUCAUGCCACUUAGCCUACGCACCUGCUGGUUGCUGGAGGCAUCCCCAGAGCAUCUGAGUAAAGCCUCCCCUAGGACCCCAAGCCUGACUUGAACCAUGCCCAGAGGACUUCCAGCCCUCUGGGUGCCCUUGUUGCCUGUGAACCAGACCCAGGGCAGGGGAGAAGCCUGAGCUCGUCUCCCCACAGACCUGGGGGUUGAGCCCUGGAGAUGCCACUCGUCAGGAUGGUGUCCAUGUGUUUGGAGACCAUGUAGCCAACCCCGGCCCCCAGGGCUGUAGACUACUCCAGGCCUUGCUGGGAACUGCCCUCCCCCCCCCCCAGAAGUGCUAUAGACCUCCCUGUGCCCUUUGGUGGAUGCCGCCACUCCCUCUCACCUCCCAGUGGACCCAAGUUCCUGUGGCUGGUUGCAAGGCCUCCGGGCCCUGGGGAGGGCUGGGCCUCAGGCCGAAAGGAUGCUGAGCCCUCCCCCCACCCCCAGCCUGCAGGUACUAUAGCACUGUAGUUUGGAGGGCCCUUGGGAGUAGACAGGGCCCUGGCUCUUGCUAGCUAGCAGUGCUGAGUGUACUCCAAGAAUGCCUGACCUGGAGGGCCAGGCGCGGUCACCUGGGUCCCACAGGUCCCCCCAACCUGUGAGCCUUCCUAACACUAGCCUAAGCCCCGACAGUGGGCCCAUUCUCUGGGUGUGGGGGGCCCCAGGCCUCACAGGCCUGGGUGCUGGGGUGCUGGGGCCUGCACUCCUGAGGCAAUGGUGGGAGACAGCCUGUGGCCUCCCACCCACCCUAAUCCUCAUGCCAAGACCUUUUGCACAGAAUAUUGGGUCUCUUCUGUCCUGACAGAGAAGGGUGGUACCUGCCCAGGGUCACAUAGCACUGCACGUAGCAUGGACUAGAGCUGUUUCCUUCUUUCUUGGUGGGGGUAGGGGGUUGUUUUGUUUGUUUGUUUGUUUUGUUUGCAAUUUAAGUUUUUCACUUGGGAGUGAGAGUCACCCUCAAGUAAGACAAUAAUAGUGAGAUUGCAGGUACUUUGGAACCACUGACACCUCUCUUCACAGAGCAGAUAAGCCAGCCCAAGUUCUCUUCCAAAGAAAAAGGGACUCAGGGCUGGCGGGCUGAGAGCCAGGGCCCCUCACCUUACAGACAAAAACUGGCCAUCAGUCUGGGGGCAGUUUGUCCAGGACAGUGGUGGGGUUGGGUCUCGAACCCAGGUCUGCACCUAAAAGCUAAGGGAACUGGAUCAUUCCCAAAGGGGCCAAGGACACCCACCCCUCAUGAGCUGUCCCUGGCAAAGGAGCAGGGCUGUCCCAGCAGCCACACUGCCCCUGUACCCCUGUGUCUUGGUCUGUUGCCCAAGGCAUGUCACGGUGGUAGCUGCUACCCUCUGGACUGCAAACCAUGCCCAGCGUCUGUUCCCACCAGCCGGCUGACACCUCCCCACCAUGGCUGCUCUGAGGGGCAGAGGUGGGCUCUGCUUACGAGGGCUGUCAGACCAUCCAGCCGUAUUGCUCCUCAACACCAGAUGCAGCCUUCGGCCCAGAGGGAGGCACUGUUAGCUGGUUAGCUGCCAGGUUAGCCACCCUGGUUUCAGGGACUAGCGGUGUCUUCAGACUGGUCUUCUCUCUUUUGCCUUAAUGUUGGGUGGCCCAAGAUCCCCAGGGAGCUCCAGUUUCACGCCCAAGAAUACCACGUGUGGCAGCUGUGGGGUUUGGGCACCCUCAGGAAGGAUCUGGCUCAAACUGUGGUGAGAAUAGACGCAUCAAGGAAAAAGGAAAGCAAUGAGGAAGUGAGGCUUUGGAUGACAGGGAGCAGCCUCCACAGAGCGGUCACGGCACCUCAGUCCAUCACACGGCAUGUAGAAACAGUCAGUCCCUGGGCAAGCCACAAGUUGGAGGUCACCCAUCUGGAAGAUUAACAAGAAAGCUACCUGUGCCUGAGACGGUGCCAUCUGCCUGGGGGGGUCAUGGGGGUGGAAAGCAAAUGUAAAGGCAUUCUUGCACACGUCCUGAACACAAGGCUGGAGAAAGCCCAGACUUCAGGAACUUCUGCCCAUAGCACGUGGCACCCAUGACCCCUGUCCACAUGCUGGGGGCCCAGCAAAGCCACACUGGACACUUGGUUUUAUUCACUCCAGCCGCACAGGGACAAAAGGGAUCUUUUGCAUUGCAGAGAUUUUCUACAUAUAUAUGCAUAAUUAUAUAUGUGUAUAUAUAUACAUAUACAUAUAUAUAUAUUUUGUUUGUAAUGAGCCAUUCUCAAUAAACAUUAUUCUC